GGUUUUAGUUCCCCCAGUUCCCCCUCCGCUCAGUCUCUCCUCUAUUUUGGUGCUGAAUUCGGAGGGGUGCACACUGUUAUUUUAUUCUUCGUUGCCGCAUGUGCAUUCAGAGAAAGAAAGAAGUUUAAUUUACGAUAUUUUGGUGCUAUUGUAGUAAAGUUGUGAUAUUUUAAUAUCAAAUCAUGGACAAUUUUGAAGAUGUGGAGUUUGAAGACCGGCGAGAAGUUGAACUAACUUUAUUAACUCCAGCCUCUUCACGGGCUGCGAGCCCGAUUGACCAGGAAUUAAUAAAUCAGGGACUUUAUGAUUCAGAUCAAAGGAAUCACCAAACUGGGGGAGAUUUAACCUUCAUUGAUGAUUCUAUUAGUUCGAUAAUACCAAUACAAAGGCUUAAUAAUGACGUAAAAAUAAUUAGAAAAAUUGACCAAGGCGCUUUCGGAACAGUGUUUCAAGUACACCAUCAAAUAGAUAAGCAAUUGCAUGCUUGAAAAUGUAUUGAGUUAAGUACAGAAGACAAAGAAAAUAGAAUCAAAAUAAUGCAAGAGGCCAAAACGCUAGCAGAACUCAAACAUGAAAACCUGCUUCGUUACGGUGACUCCUGGAUCAAUAAAUAUUACCCCUUGAAAGAUGUAUCAUGUGAUGAUACUCGUAAUGAUAAUACUAGUUCGAGGCCAUCACUGCUGUGCAUAUUAACAGAAUUAUGUGACACUAACCUUACUCAACUUAUUGAUGGCGAUUUGCACCUACAGCCUUCUAGAGCAAGGGGUAUUUUUUGGAAGAUAGCGGAAGGCCUGGCUUAUUUGCAUGCCAGAGGCUUCAUACACGGAGAUCUAAGGUCGGACAAUAUUCUUAUCAAGAAAAAGGAUUUAAACAAAAAAGGUGAUUGCGGAGUCUGUUUUCAAGGGUGCUACAGCUCUUUCCAGUUGCCCUGUAGACACAUUUGUUGUUCCCAUUGUGUUAAGGUGAUUUCAAUUGAAACUAAGGAGUGUGUCAUAUGCCAAGUCAAGAUCCCGUUUGGUUAUUUUGAUAAUCCAGUAGCAAGUCUUGAGAAAGAAAACGAUGUGUACCAAUGGAAAUUUGCAGGAAAAAAGGGAUGGUAUCCAUACGAUUACCAACAUAACGUCGCUUUAGAAAACGCAUUUAACGCUGGAUGUCUAGAAUGCAGCGUAAGAAUUCAACACACCAUGUACCGAAUAAAUUUUCCAUACAUGGUACAAAUGCAGGAGACUGAUAGAACUAAGACUCGUAAAAUUAGGAGGGAACCACCUUCAUUGAUAGUCAAAGAUGAUGAUACAGAUGACGUCAAGAUCGGAGAUUUUGGACUUACUAAGUUGACAUCGGAAAUGUUUACGGGUUAUACUCAAAAGGAUGACAUCUACCGUCUCGGCGUGAUUUUGCUGGAUAUGUUCAUGUAUUCUAUACUUGACAAGAAUCUAUGCAGUGGAUGGAAUAUGCGGCUAAAGACGGAUACUGUUCUACGGAACAAGGACCCGAAAAACAUGGGCUUAAUAUAUUUAUUAAGCCUUCUUCUGAAAGACGAUCCUAACGACCGUCCCACCUGCGCCGAACUCCUGGGUCCAGUUAAAAGGGCGUUUGAGCAGAAGCUAAGAUUGAGGAAACGUCAAGCCGAACAAUUACAGGAUGACAAUACGAAACGAAUGCGUGAAACCCAACUUCGAUAAGUUUCAUAACAUUGUUUUUAGUAUUUCCAUAUUAUCAUCAUUUUAUAAUUAGGACUAAAUUCUUCCCCAUACGUUUUGAUAGAUUGUUAGUAUAUUUAAUUAUUGAAACCUAUUUCAUCGAGUGAAAAUGACAACACUAUUUUUAGUAUCGUUGCAGACUUUCAGAAAAGGAGUCUAACUGUAUUUAUUCUGAACAGUGUGUUCAUUGUUUUUCUUGUAUCACUUCUUCUGUCAAUUCUGACAUGCUCUACAUUUCGUUAUUGACUUAGGUCAGUUGCACUUGCAUUAGGUAAAUACUUCCGACCAACUUUGGUUCCGAUUGAGCCCAAAGGCCAUACCCUCCACGUUGUUUUCUCCAUUGCCACAUAUUCCUUCGAUGUUGAUCACCGGUAAUAACCAUCUGAAGACCGAAGAUUUGAGACAACCCCACCAGACAAGACCUUUUCUCUACAUGUAACUGAGAAUGUGAUUUAAUCAGGCCUAGCCCCUCAACUUCUACGAACUGUUACUUCGCUUGGGUCGGCCUAAUCAACACUCACCGCCCUUAUUCUGAUCACCCGCUCAAAAUGAUGAAAGCGACUGGAAGGAAUUUUAAAUAUUAAUAUGAGGCGGACAUUACGAAAAGAAUUAAGAUAUACAAAAUACACUCUUGGAUCUCCUUGUGUUGCAAUUGUGUCAUGCUCAGCGGUAACGAAGAAGGAAAUGUAUACAGUUCUAGACACGCGUGUAUAGCUCACUUACGAGUUUUGUCAACUUAUACAGCGGCAAUCAAGAAGAAAUCGUAUGCAUCUGAUUAAUAUUACACCAAAUCAAAACAGAAAGGACGGCGACACAAACCACCAUAGACCAAUGUUCCCGUAACGCUAAAGACCGCUGUAUCAAGUGGAGACGCAUUGUGAGGGCUGCAUUGUCCACAAUAUAUACGUCUCGUCAUACAACCACGACCAUUCUGCCAAGAGCGAACGACUGAGGAGGAGGAAAACGGAAAAUGUCAGAAUACUUGAUUUAUGUGAAUAAUAUUUAAAAAAAAUACGAAAGAAGACUGAUACAAUACAAUCGCAAUAGCCCAUCAUUAAGACCAGUUGCAAAAUAUGAUCAUUUAUUGAAAGAGAAAUUCCAUAACAUGCAAGCGUUCAGUAAAUCAAAUUUGGCCUUGCUUACACUCAUAUCUACCUGAUUUGGAGUGGCAUAACUACGGCUGAUGUACGAGACCAGAUGAAGAGCUUUUAUGUAAUAAAACAGAAAAUGUAUGCCACAAUACAUCUAAUAUCUAUUUAUCUCGUGACAACACGAUGCAGAAGGCAAUACGACUAAAGGACCCAACUAAGGUACUAGUCCAUAGAUUUUUUGUAUUUUACUCAUUCCAAGGCAGACGCAGAAAUUGCCAGCUUUGGCAUUGUUGGAGGCAUUGGUAUGAAACUAGUGCAGCAGCACUAAAAGGUAUUUUUGAAUACUGAUCGGAUGCGGAGUGAUCAGAUACAUGAGUAACUGUGUGAGAUAUUACAAAAACUGGAGAAGUUGGAAAGGAUGUAAUUCUAAUUUAUCAUUUUAUCAAAAGCGUCGUAUCUCACACACUAAACUCGAAUGCAAGGGCGGAGAUGAGACUUUGAAACCUACAGUUAGUAGCAGAGAAAAGUAAACUCACCUGCAUAGAAGCUUCUAUACAGGGGCGCAUAUAUUUCUUUUGCUAACUGUAUGACGAUAAGAACGAGAUUUAUUAAGAAGAUAAACUGAAUUAUUGUCCAGAUUUGAGGUUUGAAUGUCGAUCGGACUUAGGUACUCUGAAAGUCUGCGUUUUGUUUCAUGGUUCUGUUGCUACAGGCUGCCUAUUUUUUUCAGCGUUUUGAAUUCUGUAUUAUACGGACAUCGGUUCAGUCUAGUCUUUAUAUUUGCGGCUUUAACGACUGCCUCUGUCAAGUUGCAAGUGACGCAAGAUAGCCUCCUUCGUCUUUUUCUCAAUGUACCAAAAGUAGUUUAUCUCACCCUACGGUCUUAUGAUAAGAUGUGAUAGUGGUACUGACGUGACUUUCAUGUAAAUGUCACUAAUUGUUAGAAGAUUUUUUACACCUCCGAAAUGGAGUUAUAUUAGAUGAUCUUUACAAUCAUCAUCACAAUCAAAAAUUUCUAGUCAUAGUAGUAAUUUAUAGUUGUUUUACGCCUCCAAAAAUGAAACUAUGGCGAAAAGCUUUGUUACGCUUGGAGACCCUAUACAUCUCCAACAAGUAUAUUAGUAUUUAUUAUUUGUUACAAUUGCUGUAAAUAUUUGUUAAAGUUGGGUUAGCUCGUGGCAGAAAGCGGUGACAAUUUAGAUACGAAUGGAACAAAAAAAGAAAGCCCUAAAUAGAUACUUGGCUGCGCUCUUUAGAGAAAAUAAGACUGAUACUUUUUCAUUAACUAGGUACUUUAUGUCUUAAGUCAAACUAGAUUAUUGACUUAUUUUUCAGCUUUUAAUAUAAAGACAAGAACGCUCUUUUCCAUCAGAUCACUUUAAAUCAUCAUCAUCAUCAAUUGUCUGGUGACUAGCUGACUGAAAAAUAUGUUUAUGCAAAAUUACAGCUUAAUCAAAUACCGGGAAAUAGGUUGAACAACUUGACUUGUGUCUGGUCUUUUAUGAUUUAAAUACAGAUAGAGAUGAGGCUAUUAUUGGGGAAGACAUUGAAAUAGUCAGAAUAAUGUAGAUAUUUUAUUUAAUGAUUUUGUUUUCUUUUUUGUUUCAGACACUGCGGAUGAAGCUACUAAUAUCGUGUUAAGGCCAUCGACGUCAUCUACCCCAGGAAGCUUCUGCGGCUAAGUGGAUCCUGACGCGAGCUGCUGCGAGCUGCGACUGCAUUGGCUUGGCGGGAUAAAGUGGCAGGGGAAACGAGAAAUUUUGCUGGUGUCUUAACAUUCCUUACCCUGCUGUCAGGAAUAUCGUGAUUAAUAUGAAGAAAUUUCUGGAUCGAAAUCAAAAUUUAUUCCCAAUUGCCCUUUCCCAAGUCAUUCAAUCAUAAUAUGCUGCCCUCAUAUCUCAUAAAUCAUAGAACGGAAACUGGAAGGAAGAAAGGGAAGCCAAGAAGGGCAUACAUGGAACAAGUGAAGAUAAGUAAACGUCGUGUUAUCAGCUGUCAAGGAAAAGGCUAAAGUAAUAAAUACACGCAGACUGCUUGGUUUGAUUAACCCCAUCAUUAAUGAGGAUACCAAUCUAAUAAUUCCCUGUGAUCUUGACCAGAUGUUGCUCCGUCAUAUUUAGAAAGUCCACAAAAAACCUCAAUGCCUAGUUACCAUUGGUCCUUCGAACAACUUAACCCACUGCAACUAAAGUACCUCAACUGUUGAGGUCAUAAUAUCAUGUUUCCCUCUUGCUUGGUCCUAGCAAGUGUUCAACAAGUCUCUGCCCCAAUAUUACAGGCUUCUAUGUUUCUUUUUUAUCGAACUGAAAUUUGAACAUUGCUAUAGUGACAUUAAGUCGAAUUUCGACUAUCUUGAAAAUGUAACAUAGAACCCUGUAAUAUUGAGCCAGCGAAGUGCCUUCACGGGAUUCAGAAAUUCUCCAACUUGUUACAAAGACUAAUCGACUGAUAACAAUAGUAAAGUUUGAUUCCAUGUUUGUUUAGUAACUAUAGGAUGAUGGUAGGUAGGUACAUUCUGUAUAAAUUGUUUUUUGUAGUUAGUCUAAUUCUUAUUUCCCAAAACAAUUUCUUUUCUUUUAACAAUUCCUGUUCUUUUAACAUGUGUUGCAAGAGUCACUGUGAGUGUUGUGUGUGAGUGUGUGUGUGUGUGUGUGUGAGUCAUGUGUUGUAAGUACGUACGUUGUUAAUUUUAAAUUCGAUAUAUAGGUAGUAAUGUGUAAUGUUUACAUUCUGUAUAAAUUGUUUUUUGUAGUUAGUCUAAUUCUUAUUUCCCAAAACAAUUUCUUUUCUUUUAACAAUUCCUGUUCUUUUAACAUGUGUUGCAAGAAUCACUGUGAGUGUUGUGUGUGAGUGUGUGUGUGUGUGUGAGUCAUGUGUUGUAAGUACGUACGUUGUUAAUUUUAAAUUCGAUAUAUAGGUAGUAAUGUGUAAUGUUUACAUUCUGUAUACAUUUUUUUUUGUAGUUAGUCUAAUUCUUAUUUCCCAAAACAAUUUCUUUUCUUUAAACCAUUCCUGUUCUUUUAACAUGUGUUGCAAGAGUCACUGUGAGUGUUGUGUGUGAGUGUGUGUGUGUGUGAGUCAUGUGUUGUAAGUACGUACGUUGUUAAUUUUAAAUUCGAUAUAUAGGUAGUAAUGUGUAAUGACUAUUCGAUUUGAUCUAUCGUUAAUUUUAUUGUGCUUAGUACUUACUUUAUGAAUCGUAUUUUUAAUUUAGCUAAUGUAUUAACCCAUAUUAAUUACUUUCAUUUCAAGCUGGUUAAUCUACUUUAGCUAGUGAGUUAAAUACGUUUUGGGCAAAAACUUCAUUUUUGGUACAAGCUUUUAUCGCUGACUGUACUUUUCUUACGACAGACAACUAAUAAUAAAAUAAAAAUAAAAAUCGUUUAUUGCAGACCAUCAAAGUCCAUAGGAGUGUUAGUAACAUUCAUCUAAAUUGCCUAAAGGUUAGUGUACACAAAGAAAAGAAAAUAAUAAUACUCAUCGAGAUAAUUCUAAAAACCCCUAACACAAUUAGGUUGCGUUGUUUCAUCACAGAGUUCCUAUGGCCACCUCCUGUCUCUAUCGUCAGAUCAGUUCGACAGUACCAUAUUAUUGUAUUGUCAUCAGAACUACAUACAGCUGCCAAUUUUCAUGACGCUACGAUCCUUGGAAGAUGGUAAAUUAGUUACCUUAGAUUCCAUUACAUAGUUAGUUACAUACAGUUCGACCUAAAGCUU